AUGUGCGUAACGUUCAUUUAUUUGAAUGAUAAAGCGGUAGAUGAUCCGAAAAGUUAUCAGUUGAUCGUGUUAAACAAUCGUGACGAGCUAUUUGAUCGACCUACGCUACCACCAACUUGGAAGGACGGUAUUUUAUGUGGUCGAGAUCAAGCAGAUCCAUAUGGUGGCACCUGGUUGGGUAUGAGCAGGGAUGGGCGUUUGGGGAAUGUUCUUGCAGUUCUUGAGAAUGCAACCGACGAAAUACCGUGUGCGAUAACGCGUGGCAAAAUAGUCUACGAAUAUUUGAAAUCUGAAAUGCCCCCAGAGGACUAUGUGGCUGAACAGCUCUCCAACGAAGCACAACAGUACAAUGGUUUCAACGUAAUUUUACUUCAUCGGCUCUUUAAUGAAGAAAUUGAACGAAAAACAUAUUUCGGAGUUCAGUUUUCUAAUCGACAAGGCAGUCCAACAGCAGCAUUUGGUCCCGGUAUUUAUGGAUUUGGAAAUAGUGUAUUAGGAAAGCCGUUUAAAAAAAUAACUUAUGGUUUGCGAUUGUUCGAAGAGAAAUUGAAAAUACUAGAUGAUGAGAAUGUUAACGAACAAGAGCUUAUGAAGCAGUUUUUGGAUAUCCUCAUCGAUCAAACAAGUCAUUAUCCUGAUGAGCAGCUCAUUUCUCAGAAAAAACAAGAUAAAGACAGAUGCAAACUUAUGUCGCAACUGUUUUAUGAAUUUCCGGAACCUGUCCGAUAUGGAACAAGGUGUCAUACCAUUGUGCUGGUGAAUGGUGUUGGUCGUUGUACAUAUUUUGAACGAAGCCGAAAACAGAUAACUCCGGUGUCUAUUGUUACUUGGGAUGAUACAAUACAUUAUUUUGAUCUUGAUGACACGUAA